UUUUUUGGAAGUCGGUCAGGAGAAAGGAUAACUCACAGCAUGGAGGGAGGGCGGAGGAGUAAGACCCAAAUCAUUUCAACGUUAUAUAAGCAGUUGGCAUGCUGCUUGCGUUGUAUUCAUGCAUGCUGAGGCCAUACAACACAUACAAUGGGUUGUAGGGGUGGAAUAGGAGCCAUUUUCAAGAGAUUCAAGCCACACCUUCUCAUGGUUUUCGCUCAAUUUGGCUACACAUUCCUUUACUUCCUCUCAGAAGCUUCUUUUAAACAUGGAAUGAAUCCUCACGUUUAUGUCACCUACAGACACCUUGUAGCUGGUGUUGUCAUGUUUCCUUUUGCCUAUUUCCUUGAGAAAAAAACAAGGCCAAAGCUCACACUCGCAUUGUUUUUGGAGAUAUCUGUACUCUCACUUUUUAUGGUCAGCUUAACACUAAACAUGUACUUUACGAGCUUAAGAUACACAUCUCCGACGUUCGUGGCAACCAUAGUCAACACCAUCGCUUCACUGACAUUUUUAAUGGCAGUCCUUCUCAGAUUGGAGAGCCUGGAUUGGAACACACGUGGGAUGGCAAAGGUUGUUGGGACCCUGAUUUCAUUGGCAGGUGUGAUGGUCAUGACACUAUAUCGAGGACAUGUUUUUAAGAAUUUAGGAGAUGCUCUUAUUCACAUCCAAGGAAGUACUACCAUCCACGAAAAUUGGAUAAAGGGAUCCAUUCUUACAGUCUCAAGCUGCAUCACAUGGGCUUUAUCGUACAUCAUGCAGGCAAUCACAUUGAAGAAAUAUCCGGCCCAUAUUUCACUAACAACGUGGAUGAGCUUCGUUGGUGGGGCCCAAUCAGCUGUUUUCACAGCAUGCAUAGUACACGAACCCAAGGCGUGGGCCGUUGGAUUCAACAUCGACCUCUUGAAUAUCCUAUAUUGUGGAAUAGUAGUAUCGGGUUUAAUAUACUACAUACAACUAUGGUGCAAUGAAGAAAAAGGACCCGUUUUUAUACCCAUGUUCUACCCUCUUUCUACCAUAUUCGUCGCAAUAAUAGCAUACUUUGUUCUUGGUGAGAAACUUAGCACAGGAAGCAUAUUGGGAGGUGUUAUUAUCAUAAUUGGACUCUACUUGCUAUUGUGGGGCAAAGAAGGAGAUCAUGUGCACCAGAUGAAGUCUCAAGAGCCCUCCUCCUUAUCUUGUGAAGAACCAAAGGAAGGAACCCAUGAUAAAAGCAUUCACUUAGGUGGAGAAGGAGAUAACUUGAAGACAUCCCUGGAGGUCUAAAUAUUGCCGUACUGCAAGGGAAAAUUAUCAAAAUCUAUAUGAUAAUUGAUCAUCUACAGCAAGUGGCACCAUAGCUUGUCAUGCAGGCAUGUCUUUGCCAAUGACAUGCUGCUUGCAUUGGACAUCAGAGUCAUGCUAAUAAUGGGCCUCAUUAUAAAGAUCUCUUAUAUCCAAAAAUCAAUUAUAAUCUGCACAUCAAAUGGGCCACAACUAAAUUUUGAAUCCUGACCCUAGUUUACAUUUUUUUUCUAAUGAUGUGGCCCACCUGAUGAUGGGACUGGCUUGUUUUUGUCCUCACUGAUCUUCACAGUGGGGCUUAAAGUUAGCAUGGUAUAAUUGUCCUACUCAAGUACAAAGUUGGUAGGAAAACAUGCCUUCGUGACAAGUUAUGGUCUAUCUAUAGAUGAUCAAUAUCCAUUGGGUAAUGUAAGAAAUUAGUUGUAUCACUAAACAGCUAUGUAUCAAAAAA